AUGUCCAGUAUGCCCGACAAACGCAAACCCUCCGGCUCAGUCACCGGAUACUCUCCCUACGCGAAACGUUCCCGCCCCUCCUACGCCGAAGAAGAUGACGAAGAAGAAGCCCAGCCAACCGUGACUCCAUACGAACGCCCGCGCAACCACCCGGUGUAUGGCCAAAAGAGCGCUUUUCCGGGUCUGGAUGUCGCGGGAGAUGAUGAGCUGUUCUACGGGCCUGCUGAAGAUGGCAUGGAAUAUUUGCGCAUGGCGCAGAACGAUGAGGAACUACAACAGCGAGAGGAGGUGAAAGAUACAUCAGAGCCUGUUCCUGAGGGCGUGGUUGUUGAUGGUGUCUACUUCGUUCCUCCUACGUCUACUACCAAUACUACUGCCGCCCCUGCUGCGAAUGUCGCCAAAGAGGCUAUCUCCGACGCCCAAUCAAGCUACUACAACCUCCUUCACCACCGCUUCCUUCUCCUUCGAUCGAUACUGAAAUGCACACCCCCUUCCGAAGCUAUCGCCGGGCUCGACGAAUCCCACCCGAUCAGUUUACCGCGACACUCGCGAAACGCGCGCAAGGAAUGGCGCCGGUUACUCCUGGCGGUAGACCCGCAGACCGUGCAGCUGGCGUGUAUGGAUAUGGAGAGUGUGCUGGGAGUUCUGGAGAUCAUGGCGCGCUUAAUGUCGGAGAAUGUACGGAGUGGGGAUGCGCAACGGGUUCGACGCAUCGGGGCUUGGGCGUGGGGAUUGUUGGGGAAGUGUCGGGAUGUUGGGCAGCUAGGGACUGAGGAGGUUGGAGAAAUUCGGGAACUGGGGAAGAGAGCUGUGAAGAUUCUGAGGAAGAUGAGGGAAGAGGAUGAGAAGAAGAUGCAGGAAGGAGACGGGUCGGAUGAGGACGCCGAAGAGGACACAGGGGAUAAUGCUGCAGAGGGGGAGGAAGGAGCACAGCAAGUGGAUGGACCAAGUGACAAUCAGGAUCACGAUAUGCAGGAUGUGGAGGAAGAGAAGCCUGCUACUGAGGAGGAGCUGGAGGCAGCCAAAGCACGUCUGCAGGCGAAGCUCGCAGGUGGGGAGGACCAACCCACAGUCACGGAGCCCGAGGCUGGCAAUGAGGACCCUGCAAAUGAAGCGGCGACACAGACUCGCGCCAUGCUGGACAUGAUCAUCACGGUCAUCGGGGAGUAUUAUGGACAACGGGACCUGCUGGGAGCACGCGAGCUGUGGAAUGGGCCCGAGGCUACCGCAUGA